UCGCUGCGGAGUGUGUGCUCAGAAGGAGGCUCGCUGCGGAGCGCGUGUUGAGGAGGCUCGCUGCCGUUGCUGUGAAGGUUUUGCUGCGCUGUGGAGCCUCGGCGAGACGGACGCCCUGCGGGAGGAAAUGCUGCUGAAGGAGUACAGGAUAUGCAUGCCCCUCACGGUGGAAGAGUACCGGAUUGGGCAGCUGUACAUGAUCAGUAAACACAGCCAUGAGCAGAGCGACCGUGGGGAGGGGGUGGAGGUGGUCCAGAAUGAACCCUAUGAAGACCCCACGCACGGUCAGGGACAGUUCACCGAGAAACGAGUCUACCUCAACAGUAAGUUGCCCAGCUGGGCUCGUGCAGUGGUUCCCAAAAUCUUCUAUGUGACGGAGAAAGCGUGGAACUAUUAUCCCUAUACCAUCACAGAGUACACUUGUUCAUUCUUACCCAAGUUCUCCAUCCACAUAGAGACCAAAUAUGAGGACAACAAGGGCUGCAACGACAAUGUGAGUACUGUGUCAGAGAGGGAGGACAUGCAGAGAAAGGUGGUCAGUGUUGCUGACGAUGAGGAGGUGUUACAUUGUGAUGCUUUUGACCUGCGGUACUUCAAGUCGGAGAAGACCUCGCGGGGGAUGCUUCAGGAGGUGAGGGACACCCAGGAUCCGAUCAUGUGCUCCUACAAGCUGGUCACCGUCAAGUUCGAGGUGUGGGGCCUGCAGACCCGCGUGGAGCAGUUCGUGCACAGGGUUGUUCGAGACGUUCUGCUGCUGGGCCACAGGCAGGCCUUCGCCUGGGUGGACGAGUGGAUCGACAUGACGAUGGAUGAGGUGAGGGAGUUCGAGCGCACCAUCCAGGAGGCCACCAACCAGAAGAUCGGGAUUUUCCCCCCAUCGAUCUCCAUCAGCGAAACGCCCUUGUCCUCCUGUGCUCUCACCGGCCCCGCCAGCGCUCCCUCCACCCCUAUGUGCACUGAUGCCCCCGAGUUCCUCUCUGUCCCCAAGGACCGACCACGCAAGAAGUCCGCCCCGGAAACCCUGACCCUGCCCAGCCCAGCUUCGAGUAGCGGCCCCCAGGCCUCUGUGCUGGGCCCCCUACAAGUUUCAAACCAAUUCCCGUCCUCCUCGAUGCCUUCCUCCCACUCUGAGCAUGCCGAGCCAGGGGGCAAAUAG